GGGGGAGGGGGGGAAAGCACACCGCUGUUCUUUUAAAGUUUGAGAAUGAUUUGUGGAGUGAGCUUAAGACGAUUUUGUAACAUAUCGGGUUUGGGGGGAGGGGGGGGGGGGGCAGGAAAACUCCCCUUCGUCUCGAGCCGCGUGCAGCAGGUGAUCCUCCUCGUUCAUAAUCCUCAGGUCAUCGGUACUCCCGGUUGUUGGACCUCACAGGUUUUUCCGUCGCGCGCCGUAUCCGGGGUUAACGGUCCAGAGCGUUCCCGGAGGAGGUCACGUGGGCUCUCGCAGUCUGCCGCUCCACUUUUAAGAAAGCCAGCGACCACAUCGGUUUAAAAAAUCUAUUGUAAUAACGCGUUUCCGCGCAUCAUCCCGCUGCGUAAUGGCGCAUCGGACCCGCGUCCUGCUGCUGCCGCUGCUGCUCCUGCUGCUGCUCGGCGGGGGGGCCGCCGCGCGCCGGGGGCGGGCAUGCCUGGACCUGCCGGAGGAGAUCCUGGAGCAGAUGUUCGGGCGGCUCUCCGUGGGAGUGAUGAGCGCGUUCCAUCACGCGCUGCAGCUGGAGCCGCAGGACAAACUCAACCUGACGUGCCCGAGCCGCGCGCGCUCCCCGGCCGACGGCGACACCCGCCUCCCGGUCAACCUGCUCAGCGUCUCUCCCUGGGCCUACAGGAUCUCCUACGACCCGGCCCGGUACCCGCGCUACGUCCCGGAGGCGUACUGCCUGUGCCGGGGCUGCCUGCUCGGGCCGCUGGGGGGGGAGAGCGACCUCUACCGCAGCACGCCGGUCUACGCGCCCUCCGUCCUGCUGCGGAGAGCGCGCUCCUGCGCCGGCGGCCGCCACUCGUACACCGAGCUCUACGUCUCCAUCGCCGUGGGGUGCACCUGCGUGCCGCUGCUGGAGGAGGGGGAGGAGGAGGAGCGGGGCGCGCCUGGGGGGCAAGGGGAGGUGGGGAGGGGGGGCAAAGCGGGACGGCUCGGCCCUGCAGGAAAGGGGACGUGAGGGAAGCUGGACGAAGGGCCGGUUUCAUACACCCUCCUCUCCCUCCAACUGACCUUGGUAAACAAAUAAGAGGUCAUACCUCAACUGUUUGUUUUUCAUCAUCUGUCUUCAUCUCUGAGAGACUUUUUUUUUAAUCUGGAGGACCGUUUCGCUCACUCAUUUGACCCACUUAGUUCUGGACUUUAAAAAAGGACACAGACACAUCUGCAUGGACAGACAUGAAAUCAAAUGCCUUGUAACUGAUGAUGUAGAACAAUAAACAACCCUGCUCACCUCCUUCCUGCUUCUUCUUGGUCAAACGAGUGCUUCUGGGUGUCAUCAUCAGAACGCCGUAGCAGUAAAAGACAAAAGUCCACCUUCAGCAGUUUGCCCACCUGCUGGUAGAAUUCUGCCAACUAGAUGCCAAAUUAAAUUCAUUUGAAUUCAAAUACUUGCUGCACCGGUUUGAAAAGGAAAACACAAACGAGAAACCGCAUUCAAGCAUGAAGAUACAACGGAGGCCUCACCUGGUCCUCGUCCGCCUGGACUCUGCAGGGGGGCAUCAUCUCCCUGCCACUCACCCCCUUCUGGUCUGCAGGGGCCCUCCAGCCAGCAGAGUCCGGAAGGGACGUCUGUCGUCUCGAGUCAUCCUCGUC